AUGGCUCAGGCCCUGGGAAUUGUUACUUCCGAGUGGGGCUAUGUCCCAAACACCCUCGGCCUGGUCAAUUUCGGAACAGAAGCCUUCACGGGCGACCCUGACCCUUAUUUAUUAUCUAGGUCUGGAACCAACCCGUCGACAAUAUGGAUAGCCGCCGGCGUCGACCCGGAGGGCUCGGGGCCAGGCUUGGGCUACGCGGGCGGCAUCAUGCCUGAUGUUCGCGUGUAUAGCCAAAGGGCAGUGCUUGUGGGCAAGACUUUAAAUUUUAAUGGUGUUUGGUCUGGUGACACAAAUAACAUCGUGGUUCCCCAAACAGAGCAGGAGUUGGGACACUACACUUUGUUCUCAGGAAACUACGAUGGGCGUGAGGGCGGUGAUAACAACGUAUGUAUCGCUUGGGCCACCAUUCAUUGGCCAUCGAAAGGGACAGAGCACGCGUGGUCAGGAGGCUGGGGUCGUGCAUGCGAGAAGUUGGGCGCUCAAUGGUACUACAGCGGGAUGAUUGUCCCUGGCAGCGGUGGUUACGUUCCCGACUGCAUCUGGGUUUACAACUGGAACGAUGAAAAAGAUCUGGAUUAUCCGAAAGGCACCAACGCAACUAACCGGCCCGUCCAAGGAUUCCAUGUGAACUGGGUAGACAUGAAAACAAGUGAAGACGAUCCCCGUCUCAAUACCAGCGCAGAAGCUUUGUGUGACAGUCGUUCAUUCAGACUGUACAAGAACUAUGAUCCGCGGGAGCUUAACUUGCGACCGGGUGAAAUUGACAAAAGGCCUGACAUUGUCCCGACGACAAGUCUUUCUACAACCUCUAAGACGACCACAACUCGAACUUCAACGGAAACUUCCGAAACCACAACUGAGUCAACAACAACAACAGCUGAGCCGACAACAACAAGUGAGCCGACCACGACAACUGAACCGACCACGACAACUGAGCCGACAGCAACAACUGAGCCGACCACGACAAGUGAUACAAGUACAAGUGAGAGCACAACGACUGAGCGUACGACGACUGAGUAUACGACGACUGAGGAGACGACAACCGAGUAUACGACCACCAAGAUCACCAAGACAAAGACGGAUCCUGAAUCGACUACGACAACGCGGUCUGAAAGCUCUGAAGAAACAAGUAGCACAACAAUCAGCACCACUAGGUUUCCCUCUUCGUCCACCACCUCAGAUUCGUGGAUCACCAAGACUAUAACCAUCGACAAACGACAGCAAGAUGCCUCGCACGGCGAGCAGCAGCCGCAGCGGCAGAGGCAGCAGCAACGGCCCCGGAAACCCAGCCAACCUGUCCGUCGAGGCCCAAGCAUGGCCGAGAGGUUCGCCAACGUCCUAGUCAUCAACAACCACGAGCGGCAUACGGCCGAGGGCCUGUGCAAGAGCAAGGGGUCGCGCGGCCCCAGCUUUGCUGAUGCCCGGGGCCGGAUGUACUGCGACAUGGAUACCAAGACGCUGUAUCCUUUCUGCGACAGCAAUGGCAAAACUGGGCAUUCUGGUAAUGAGAAGCCGUGCUUUGACUUUGAGGGCUCCAACAUGCUUCGUGGGCCAGGGGUACAGAAGCGUCAGGCUCCUAGAAUCCAGGACUGGCGGCGGGUUUGA